AUGCCAUACAGAGCGGGCGCAGCAGCACUGUCUCCGCAGCUGCUGCACUUUAUACUUGCUGCUAGAGCCAGGCCCCAGCAGCAGCAGCAGCAGCAGCAGCAGCAGCAGCAGCAGCAGCAGGGGGGGGGAGCGGGGGGAGGGACAGGAGGGAAGCUGCAGCAAAUACUGAGUGAAGAGAGAGAAGGAGAGAUUGGAGAGGGGAAGGUACAGCUGCAGCAGCAGCAGCAGCAGCAGCAGCAGCAGCAGCAGCAGCAGCAGCAGCAGCAGCAGUUGCUGCUGUAG